AUGACCAACUACGGAGACACCUGGUCUACGGCCUACGACACCUACAACACCGCAGGAUCAACCUACAGCCCUACGGGCUACAACACCUACGGUACAAGGGACUAUGGCGCAGGCGGAGUGGGCUACGGUUCAAACACAACUGCUACGACUUACGACACCGACACCGGCCGCGGUACCACAACAUACGACCCCGCGACCGGUGCCUACGACCAGCAUCUUGAUUACAGCACCCCUACCGGUCACCGACACCACCGCGAGCGAGUGAACAGCAGUGGUACCUAUCGACACCGCGAUGUUGACCGAUUUGAUGAUGGAUCUACUCGCGUCCACAAGGAAUAUGACAACCCAAACACUGGUACCAGCUACCACCGUGACUAUGAGCGGUAA